AUGAACCAGCAUGCGAUCCCCGCCGCUGCAUUCACCACUACUCCUUCUUCUGACCUCCGUUACGUGCGUUACGAUGGCUCCCGCGAGGACGAAUACGUCGCAGCCAUGCGCCAGUUGAUCUCCAAGGAUUUAUCCGAACCCUACAGUAUCUACGUUUACCGGUAUUUUCUCUACCAAUGGGGUGAUCUCUGUUUUAUGGCGAUGGACGACACCCGGCCGGAUCCGAUGGUAGGGGUCGUGGUUUCCAAGCUGGAACCGCACCGUGAUGGGCCCCUGCGAGGCUAUAUUGCCAUGUUGGCUGUGCGCGAGGAGUUCCGAGGAAGAGGUAUUGCAACGAAGCUCGUGCGCAUGGCUAUCGAUGCGAUGAUUGAACGGAAUGCGGAUGAGAUCGCCCUCGAGACUGAAAUCACUAAUACGGCCGCCAUCAAGCUCUACGAACGACUCGGCUUCCUGCGCAGCAAACGUCUCCAUCGGUACUAUUUGAAUGGGAAUUCCGCCUACCGCUUGGUGUUAUAUUUGAAAGAAGGUGUCGGGUCGAUCAGAACAUCCUUCGAUCCGUACGGCCCUGCAGCGCCUGAAAUGCCCGGUCCAAUGCCUGCUCCGCCGCCGGCGGCGUUGCUGUACGGAAACGGUAGCGGAUGA